UGGAAAACUAAGAAAAAUAAAGAGGGAAGAGCGAAGAAUCAUCGAAUUUGGAGAAGAAAACAAAGAAAAAUUGGUUGAAAAUCAAGUUUAAUUUGACGGAUUAAAUAAUUUAUUACUAAUGAAAAUCAAAUGCGUUCACUGACUUACAACGGACGAUGGUUUAUUUAAUUAUUUAUGUAGUUUACAUAUAAGUUAUUACUAAUGAAAAUCAAAUGCAUUCAUUUGAUUAACGACGGUUCAUUUAGUUAUUUAUAUGAGACGAUGUCGUUGUUUCCAAUGUUUGAGUCUUGUGCAGACAUUGCAUGCACUUACGGACUAAAUACCAAACAAUUCAGCUUACAUUAGUUUUCAUUUUUCUCAAAAAAAUCUUAAUGAUAACUAAAGUUCUUUACAGACCUUUUAAUUAGAUCUAUGUUUCCAUUACCAUUUAUUUUUCAAUUUGUCUGAUUUGGUAGCACCGUAGACUUCCAAUCUUACACGUAAUUGCUAUAUGUAUGAAAAUUUUAAUCAGUUUCGACGAAACCAUCUCAUGGUUUUUUCUUUUGAUUUGACUUCCAUGGUCUUGUGAUUAUUUGACUCUAUAGAUGAAUGAUGAAUCACGUAGGCCUUGACUCCAUUCAUAUUCAUUUGUCGUCUUCAAUGGUGUUUAAAAUUGGAAACGACGUCGGUUUAUCUAAUGUUGAAGUCACAUAGAGGUACCAGUGAAGUGCGAUGACGUGUUUCGACGUGUGGUUUAAGUUGUGAUAGAGAAAAGUCUCUUCCUUUCACCUCACGUCACUAAUAAAAGUCAGGGUUUCUAAAAAGAUGGAAAAUUCUGUUCUCUUUCACUUCCCUUGUUUUCUUCUGUUCCUUCUCUUAACCAUCAAUGGCGUUAACACUAAGCUCCUGUGCGGCGACGAAACAUUCUCUCAAAACACAACUUAUGGCGAAAGCCUCGACACUCUCUUGCCUUCUCUUGCCUCAAACGUUAUCGCACAACGCGGUUUUUAUAACGCUUCGCUAGGUGGAGUUUAUGCUCUUGCCCUUUGUCGUAAAGACUACUUGGUUCAAGAUUGUCGUCGUUGCGUGGAAAGAACAAGCAGGAAUCUUUUGAUACAGUGCCAAGGCAAAACAGAAGCAUAUCACUGGGAUUCCGAAGAAGAUGCAAACGUUUCUUGUCUAGUACGGUACUCAAAUCUCCCUACAUUUGGCAAACUAAAGCUUGAUCCACUCGAGAAUACUCCUCACACGAGUCUUCCCUCUUCGAAUCUGACCCGUUUCACCGAAGAGUUUAGUGCGAUGGCUGAUCGAACAAUCGAGGUUGCAUCCACGGCUGAUGAGUCUUCAGCAUUGAAGUACUAUGGAGUCUCAAGUGCCGAGUUUACCGAUUUUCAAGAUAUUUAUAUGUUGAUGCAAUGCACACCUGAUUUAUCUUCUAGUGACUGUAAAUAUUGUCUGAGAGAGAAUGUUAGGUAUAAUCUAGAACAAUACUGGGGAAGAACCGGAAGCACGAUUGCGCGUCCUAGUUGCUAUUUCCGGUGGGAUUUAUACCCUUUUGUAGGAGCAUUCGAUAAUCUAAUGAGAGUUUCUGCGCCUCCUCGACCUCCUCCUGUAGAUGCUCAUAUCAAGAAAGGAAGAAAUUUUCAACCGUGGAGCGUUGUGGUUAUUGUCCUUCCUACGGUCAUUAAUAUUUUCGUGUUUGUUGCUUUCGUACUUGCUUAUCGCCAGAUGCGGAGGAGGAUUUAUGCUAGACUCAACAAAAAUUCUGAUUCUGAUGGUCAAUCUAUGUUAAGAUUUGAUCUUGGCAUGAUCUUAAUCGCAACAGAUGAGUUCUCACCGGAAAAUAAACUUGGACAAGGUGGAUUUGGAUCUGUCUAUAAGGGGAUUUUACCAAGCGGACAAGAGAUAGCUGUAAAGAGAUUAGCUGGAGGUUCAGGACAAGGAGAUUUGGAGUUUAAGAAUGAGGUCUUACUCUUGACAAGACUCCAGCAUAGGAAUCUAGUUAAGCUUCUUGGAUUCUGUAAUGAAGGAGAUGAAGAGAUUCUUGUUUACGAGCAUGUCCCUAAUUCAAGUCUUGAUCACUUUAUCUUCGAUGAAGACAAACGUUGGGUUCUUACGUGGGAUUUGAGGUACAGAAUCAUAGAAGGAGUUGCAAGAGGACUUCUUUAUCUACACGAAGAUUCGCAACUGAGGAUUAUUCAUAGAGACUUGAAGGCGAGUAAUAUUCUCUUAGAUGCUGAGAUGAACCCUAAAGUUGCAGACUUUGGGAUGGCGAGGUUGUUUAAUAUGGAUGAGACUCGAGGAGAGACAAGCAGAGUAGUUGGAACCUACGGAUAUAUGGCUCCGGAGUAUGUGAGACAUGGGCAAUUCUCAGCUAAAUCUGAUGUUUACAGCUUCGGCGUUAUGCUUUUGGAGAUGAUAUGUGGUGAAAGAAACAAGAACUUUGAAGCAGAAGGACUUCCAGCUUUUGCAUGGAAGAGAUGGGUUGAAGGACAGCCUGAGAGUAUAAUCGAUCCUUACUUAAGUGAACAUCCAAUAAAUGAGAUCAUAAAGUUGAUUCAGAUUGGUUUGUUGUGUGUUCAAGAAAAUGCAGCAAAGAGACCAACUAUGAACUCUGUCUUAGUUUGGCUUGCAAGAGACGGUAGUUUGACAAUACCUAAACCUACAGAAGCUGCUUUCGUCACUGUCCCUCUCUCGGUGAAACUUGCAACUAGAUCCUCGAAUAAGUCUAAAGACAAAGGUUCUGCGUUUUCAGUGGACGAGGUUUCUAUCACUGUCUUGUAUCCUCGGUAAAUAUUAUAGGAGACAGCUUAACCUCAUAUGCAUUCAGUAAAGAAACUUUAGUUUUGGAUAGCGUGAGAUGGAAGAAAGUUCUUGUGAACUGUUUGAGGUGGAUAUUGACAGAAUUCGGUUUAGUUUUA